GCAUAGCGGAAAUAUAUGACCCUCCAUCAUACACCCUCUGCUCGUUACUGCCAGCUCGGUACCGAGGAGGUAUUUUCUCUGUGGAGUUGGGAGGACCGAGCCCUUCUCUGCUGUCUCUCUCCUCUCUUCCUCCGCCCGGCUGCUGCUCACUCUCCACGGCACGGGAGCAUGCUUAUAGAGGCAGCUUAACCGCAACACACUGCAGCAACUCUCCUCCCCCUGUGUGACAGUGAAGAGGUCCGGCCGAGCUGAGCCAUGCGACAGUGGUGUGUCCCCGCUGCGACCCCUCGCUCUGAACCACUCCCGGGGCGCGUGUCUGUGUCCCCCCCUCCAUCAGAUGCCAGGAUGGAGUGCGGUGAGGUGGAGCCACGCUACACCAUCGAACAAAUCGACCUCCUGCAGCGGCUGCGUCUCUCCGGCAUGACCAAACCUCAGAUUAUCCACGCAUUGGAGUCCCUGGAGAGGCUCGACCCAGACCACCGGCCGCUGCAUGCUGAUUCCCACUCUGCCCCAUCCAACAAUAACCCCACCACAGCCGCUCCAGCACCAUCCUCAUCUUCAUCCUCCUCCUCCUCACUCUCCCUAGCCUCAGCUACCACACAGACCUCCGGCCUGGAUGGUGCUGCUCUGUCUCCCAGCAAUAGCUACGAGGCCUCACCUCCACCCCUCUACCCUCCCGCUGUGGUGGUUCAACGGCAAUUCAGCUACGACAUGAUGGGAGAGGAGGAGUGGGACCUGGAGGAGAAGGUGGAGGAGUACAUGAGGAGAGACAGCAACCUGGUUAAAGAAGAGAUCAAAACGUUCCUCAACAAUCGAAGGAUCUCUCAGGCAAUCGUGGGACAAGUGACAGGCAUCAGCCAGAGCUACAUCUCCCAGUGGUUGCUGCAGCAAGGCCUGGAGAUGAGUGACUCCAAACGCAGAGCUUUCUACCGCUGGUACCUGCUGGAGAGGAAUAACCCAGGGCUGAGGUGGAGUGAAAGCCAGCACAGCGUGAGUUCCAUGCCCAGGGCCAGGGGAGGGGACAGAGACGGGACGGUAGCAGGGGCAAGUGGCAGUCUACCCAACAUCCUCCCUAACCCCAACACCAACCUCAACCCCAACCCAGUGUGGAACAGGCAGAGAGAGCUGCUGAUGCACUUGCUGCCGUGGUACACUGCGGCUGCCGCGGCUGCCCAGGCCCAGCCAGGUGCCACCUUAUCUAUGCGCUCUUUGGUGAAGGAGGAGCCUGACUGGAGGACAGGGAUCAUGACUGGGGACAGAGCAGGGAUGGUGGGUGGCCCUCUGAGGCUGCGUAGAGGAAGUAGGUUCACCUGGAGGAAGGAGUGCCAAUCAAUCAUGGAGAGCUUCUUUAUUGAGAACCAGUACCCAGAUGAAGCAAAGCGGGAGGAGAUCGCCAACGCCUGUAACUCAGUCAUUCAAAAACCAGGUUGUAAGCUGUCUGAGUUUGAGCGUGUGACAGCGUUGAAGGUUUACAACUGGUUUGCAAACCGUCGAAAGGAGAUGAAGAGAAGAGCAAAUAUCGAAGCUGCCAUUUUGGAAAGCCAUGGAAUUGAGGUGCCAAGUCCAAGCUGCCACUCUAACGGGGAGGAGGGAGAGAUGCAAGAGUUUGCUGACCAGGUCAGUCAUCGAUUUCCAGAGCAGGAAGAGGCCUCUUCCCUGAAGAUAGUGGACCAGCAGGACCCCUCCCCACUGGUUGCUUCAGAGGUUGCAGCCCCUCUGAGCCCAGCCUCUCAGGUCAUGGAUCACAAAGAGGAGGAUUCAAAAAGGGAGACUGUGGAUGAAGAGUGACCAAAGCUGGAGGAGUGUGAAUCAUCGUAAUUGAAAUUAAUCAGAUGAAAUAGAAAAGUAAGUGUCUCCUCCUUCACCCAGGGGAGGGCCUGAGGUGCCCAGAGCACCCAGAAUCAAAGGGAGGAGGGUGCUAAUGCUUGUUGAGGUGCCUCUGAUGGGAGGAGGCAACUGUAUUUAUCAACAGUAAUCCUGCUCAUAUUAACAGCAAUAUACAGUAUAUAUAAAUCAAUAUAUAGUGCAUUCUAAGAUGCUAUAAAGCCUAUAUUUCUUAGGGGGAGAAUAAUAUAAAGGAUACCUCACCCAUUUUAAGCUAAGCCUUUUCCUUUUUUGCUACACGCCUUCUUUUAGCCUUUUCCCGGAGAGCUUUUUGGAUGAACCGUGAAUGUGCCGAGCCUGCAGGUCAGGUGUGUUUGGGUGUGUGGGUAGAGUAUGGUACCAAGGAUCUGGGAUAUGCUCAUAUGAAUCCCCUCUGCUUGCUUGAAUGCUUUGACUCCAUCUCGUUGGUGAGACUCUAACCUCAAUCAGUUGUUUGAUUCAAUCAGUCGAUCAAUCGAAGAAUGCUGUGCUAUCAAAUUGGUAGAGCCCUGAGGGACAACUGGAAUCUCAGGUAAUCCAAAAAACGGUGGAUAAAGACACGGAAGAGUUCUGUUGACAUCCUGCGUUUCCUUCAUUUUGAUCCUUAUCCUCUAAACUGUGUUUAACCAAAACAGGAUGUGUUAUUUAUACCUUUUUAUAUUAGCAAAACAAGCCUAGGACAAUAUCUCACAUAAUCUCUUUGCCUUUGUUAUUUGUUAUACUGAUUGCUGCUGUCAAGUCUUUUUUGUAGUCCAUCCAGUUCAAAGUCUGUCUUAAUCCUCAUCUCAGCCAGUGAAGCUAGAAGAGAUACAUAAUCAUUUUGUUUGUUUGUUUCAACGUUUGAAAGAACGCUAAAACCAAUGUGAUCAAAAACGUGUUGGCAGACAUGAAGCAAGCACCUUCUCUUCUAUUGGAAUAAGCUAAAGCUUAUGCUCAUGUACGUUUAUAUGACUGCAACGCUGCACUUCAAAGUGGAUCUCACUUUAAGAAAAAAGGGGGAGUUACAGACUGUACCUGCAUUAGACAUGUACAUAACCCAGAGCAUAUACAUGUUCCUGGGUGCUUCAUUUACAUUACCAAGUAUAAACUGUUCUUUGUCAAACUUGAAAUAUAGAUAGCUGACUUAAACUCUGCAUUCCUUAGUCCCCUGGUAUUUACUGGCCAAAGGCCGACAUGUUCAUGAAAUGGACAAAGACUCUGUUCUCAAAUGUUUGUUCUCAAAUGGCAUCCAACAGGGUGCUAUCAUGUUACCUCCUAAUGCCAAAGCUAUGCCAAGGUAGAGAUGAGCUGCUUCCAGGAACAGGACAUGACACAGUCACAACACUAGAGAUAUAAAGUACAUAGAUGUUUAUUUGCUCAGAACAACACUAGCCAACUCUAGCUUACCUCAGAAUAACUCUUAUGUCAUGAAUGUGUUAAACGGCUCACUGUGGCAGAAUGACAGGGGUCAUCAUUGUGAGUGUUUAUUAUACUGACAGUGUUAUGUAGCAUUGAUGACGAUGGGGUUUGCCCUGCAUAACCUCAGAGAGCUCUCUUGUCCAGUUUUGGAUGGGGACCCCAGAGCUGCACGCUGUUUCUGACUUCAAUGCUCCUCUCUUUCUGCUUUUAUCUGACAUCCAGCAAACAACAAUUAAAAUAAAACUGUAAACAACCACUCCAA